UUCCCAGGACAAAGCUGUGAGGGUCACCUUGGCUCUUCCCCCUUGUCCACAGACAGGUACGCCUGGCUGGGGGUGGGGCACACUUUCCUUUUUGAGGAGAUCUAUGGGGAUAGCAACCAUCCAUUUCAUAGGAUUUAGAGCUGGUAAAAACCUUAGAGAUCACCUAGACCAAACCCCUUCAUUUUACAAAUGACAGGAUUGAAGCUCAGGAAAUAGUGACUUGUCUAAGGCCACUUGGGGUAACAAGUAGCAGAGAGAUUUGUACUCUUCUCUGAUUUGAAAUCUUGUUCUUUCAACAACAUCCUCUCUCCUGGGCUUUUCUCCUGUCAUAACUAAGAAAUCCUCCCCGGGAGUUCUAACCCUAAUUCUGGGGGUCUUCUGUCUUUUUGCUAGUUCCCUUGUGGGGCCAGAGGCCUGUUAGAAGUGAGAAGGAAUGUCUGGUGAGAUCUUCAGUUUAUCUCUUCUAAAAUGGGAAUAAUUGUCAAUUAUGAUAUCCUCAGGUUCCUCUUAUUCUCCGCAAGGCUCUUUAUUCUAUUUCCUUUCCACUGUUCAAAAUUAAUGAGGUCACAGGGGGCCACCUGACAUUCUGAUCCCAGGUGGCUGUUAAAAAUACUUGUCCUCGGCUGGGUUGUGACACCCUGGUUGGCCUCCUGCCUGUCCUUAUGAGUCCUGGCCAGCAGGCUUCUGGCUGCAGGGUACUUGGGAAUUUGGGCCAGAAGAUAGGAAGAAGGAAGAUGUAAGGGACAGCAGGGAAAACUAGGAUAGAAGUGGCAAGGAGGCUGGAUUUUAAAUGAGACACUCAUAAGUAAGGAGGAAAUGUGGCAGAUGUAAUGUUAUUCUCCCCCUUGAAAAAUCCCUUGAUGUGUCAAGUCUAGACAGGUGGAAUUCCCUGCUUCCUAUCUCUAGGUUUUAUUGGCUCAUUAAUGACAGCUAAUUCAGUCCCUAGUCACCCUGAGUGUAAACACACAGCCACACAGCCCCACCCUCUCAUAACUUUGACGUGUCUUUCUUUCUCUCAGGAGGAUGUUCAGAGGGAAUCCUGACCCAUAGUUCAGGUGACCAGAACUCCAGAAAGUCAUUCACUACCUUCUAUCUAUCCUUCUAUGAACUUCUCCCUUCCCCUCCUCCAAAUUCUAUGAAUUCAGCUCAUUACUAAGGCUUCCCAAAAGAGGAGGCCUUGAGAACUUUAGGGAGUGGGGAAGAAAAGACCAAAGUGCCUUGCUUUGAACUGUCCAAAUACAUAGUAUGUAUUUGAGCUAUAUGGUCUAACUCCCUUGUUCUUAGAAGACCAGCCACAAGAGAGUUACCCAGGACCACACACACACCUAGUCCUUGAGAUUAACCCUCCUCAGGCUUGUUCAGAUACUUGAAAUACUGUCAAGUUGAGGGGGCUUGUUGGCAGUUCAGGGGUGGAGGGUUAUAGACCAGGGGUUCUUAAACUGGAGUUCACAGAUGAAUUUGUGGGCCAGGAAUGUGGCUGUGAACUUGGGCAGGAAAAAAACUACGACUUUAAUUUCUUCUUUAGCGCUAUGUAAUUUGUUUUAAACGUGUAAGAAAAUUCUGAGGAGAGGUCCCUAGGUUCUAAGGCCUCCUCAUUCAAGCCUCCCUUUCUUUUCAGCUGUCCACAGCAAUGUCUGAACUCUAAUUUUCACAACCUCUUAAGAUCUUUGGGAGCUGAACUGGCACCACCCUAGAGGCAGCGUGGUGUCCUGGCAAGAGGUCUGGGCUUGGAUUUAGAGUAAUACCAGCUCUGUCUCUUGUUUAGCUGUGGGACCUUGGAUCAGUUGCUUCACCUCUCUAGAGCCUCGGCCUCUGCAUCUGUAAAAUGGGGACAAUCGUUCUUGCACGACCUAUCUCCCAGGGUGGUAGACAGCAACGCAUUUUGUAAACCAUGAAAAUAGCGAAGGUCAGGGCCUGGGGGUGGGUUCCAUUCUUGAAGCGGAAAAAGGCCAGUGCCAACAAGAAGUUAUUGCUACCGCCAUCAUCUGCCGUUGCUGGGCAACGGGGAAUGCAAUUCGACCCACCCAUUCUUCAUUUCCAGCGUUUCCGGUUAGAAAGGAAGAUGUAAUCCCCUCUCCACCCUAAUGCUCCGAACUCCAGGCGCACCCACAGGCGGAGCUUAGACGAAACUGAGACGUCUUCAUGACGUAGCAAAGGGGGCGUCCGUGCUUGCUAAUGCCGGGCACUUCUAUGUCGUACGGAAGAAGGGGGGCGGGGGAGAGAAACGAGGCCUCCCGGGCCGUGGCUACCAAUCAGUGAGGGACUGUGCCCUUUUGUGGGCGGUGCGUGUCCUCCGCGGGUCAAUAGCGGCGCGCUACGUCACGUGACUCCUCCCCCCACGCCUCGGCCCCAUUCUGCCGUACGGGACCCGGAAGUUUCGGGGUAGAGGCGCCUGAUUCUUGCGUCACUUCCGACCGGUUCGAUGGCGACUUCAAGCUCCGCGACAACGGCCGCGGUCGGAGCACCGGGGGACGGCGAGGCCGGGGGCGGGGAGAGAGCAGUGGCUGAAGGCACCUCCCCGCCCCCAGGCCGCGCCUCCCCUCCGGCCCCGGCCCGCGGCGAGCCCGAGGUCACGGUGGAGAUCGGUGAAACCUACCUCUGCAGACGUCCGGAUAGUACCUGGCACUCAGCGGAGGUGAUUCAGUCCCGUGUAAAUGACCAAGAAGGACGAGAGGAAUUCUAUGUCCAUUAUGUGGGCUUUAACCGUCUGGAUGAAUGGGUGGACAAGAAUCGCCUGGCCUUGACCAAGACAGUGAAAGAAGCUGUUCAGAAAAACUCUGAGAAGUACCUAAGUGAGCUGGCAGAGCAGCCUGAGCGCAAGAUUACCCGCAACCAGAAGCGCAAACAUGAUGAGAUUAACCAUGUGCAGAAGACCUAUGCAGAAAUGGAUCCCACAACAGCAGCACUAGAAAAGGAACAUGAGGCGAUUACCAAGGUGAAGUAUGUGGACAAGAUUCAUAUCGGGAACUAUGAGAUUGAUGCCUGGUACUUCUCCCCAUUCCCAGAAGAUUAUGGGAAACAGCCCAAACUUUGGCUCUGCGAAUACUGCCUGAAGUACAUGAAAUUUGAGAAGAGCUAUCGUUUCCAUUUGGGGCAGUGCCAGUGGAGACAGCCACCUGGCAAGGAAAUCUACCGAAAGAACAACAUAUCGGUGUAUGAGGUGGAUGGCAAAGACCAUAAGAUUUAUUGCCAGAACCUGUGUCUAUUGGCCAAGCUCUUCCUGGACCACAAGACCUUGUACUUUGAUGUGGAACCAUUUGUCUUCUACAUCUUGACCGAAGUGGACAGACAGGGGGCCCACAUCGUGGGCUACUUCUCUAAGGAGAAGGAGUCCCCAGAUGGGAAUAAUGUGGCCUGUAUCCUGACCCUCCCCCCAUAUCAGCGCAGAGGUUAUGGCAAGUUCCUCAUUGCUUUCAGUUACGAAUUGUCGAAGUUGGAGAGUACAGUGGGUUCUCCAGAGAAGCCACUGUCAGACCUGGGCAAACUGAGCUAUCGUAGUUACUGGUCCUGGGUCCUGCUGGAGAUCUUGAGGGACUUCCGGGGCACACUGUCCAUCAAAGACCUCAGCCAGAUGACCAGCAUCACACAAAAUGACAUCAUCAGCACUCUGCAGUCACUCAACAUGGUCAAGUACUGGAAGGGGCAGCAUGUCAUCUGUGUCACCCCCAAGCUAGUGGAAGAGCACCUUAAGAGUGCCCAGUACAAGAAGCCGCCCAUCACAGUGGACUCAGUUUGUCUCAAGUGGGCACCACCCAAGCACAAGCAAGUAAAGUUGUCCAAGAAGUGAAUGGUGCUCAAACCAUGCCCCUGCACCUUCCUGCAUCCCUCCCCACUGGCAGCCUUAGACCUGUGAGGGGUGCAUUUUUCCCAGUUUGUAAAUAUGUAUAGACUUGUCUGCCCACCUUUAAGCCCUAAAAUAUUUUUUAAAUAAAGCUUGUCACUGUA